GCAGGCGCAGCACAGCAGCCGCCGCAGCCAGAGCGGCCACGGCUGCGCGAGCGAGGGCUCGCAGCGCGGCGCGGCCGGGAGCUGAGGGGCGGCGGCGCCCGCCGCAACAGCCGAGUCGAGCCGAGCCGAGCGCGCAGCCCGACCGCCGCCGCCGCCUCGCAGAUAGCAUCACAGCAACAAAGAGCUCGCUGAGCGGAGAGCGGCGGCCGCAGCUCGCCAGGGAAGCCCCGCGUCAGCUCCGGGAGCUGCGCGGCAGACUGAGGAAGCGCGCGGGGCGUCUGAGGGCGGUCAGGGGGCGGAAGAUGGCCAGGAAGAGAAAGCCCCGCAGCCUUAAGGAAGAGCCACCAGACAGUCCCUUUGAGGAACAGGACUUUGGUGAGCCAAGGGCAUAUGAUGCAGAUUUCAAGGGGCCUAUUGCCGACAGGAAUUGUACAGAUGUUCUGUGCUGCCUGGUCUUCCUACUGUUUAUUUUUGGCUACAUUCUUUUAGGACUUGUGGCCUGGAUACAUGGCGACCCCAGGAGAGUGGCCUAUCCUACAGACAGCCAGGGUCACUUUUGUGGACAGAAGGGCACCCCCAAUGAGAACAAGACCAUUUUGUUUUACUUUAACCUGUUCAGCUGUACCAGUCCCUCUGUGAUGAUAAACCUACAGUGCCCUACCACACAGAUCUGUGUCUCCAAGUGCCCAGAAAAAUUUUUGACCUAUGUGGAAAUGCAAAUUUUGUACAAAAGAGACAAAAGCUACUGGGAAUACUAUAGUCAGUUCUGCAAGCCCACUGCUAAGCCUCUGAAGACUCUCCCAGAGAUCUUAUUGGAUAAUGAUUGUCCAACAGCAAUUUUUCCAGGCAAACCUUUUCUUCAGAGAUGUUUCCCUGACUUCUCUACUAAGAAUGGCACUUUAACAGUAGGAAGCAGAACACUGUUUGAAGAUGGAAAUGGGAAGACGAGAAAUGUUAUAGAACUCAGGGAGGCUGCAAACGGUAUCAAUAAAAUCCUUGAUGCAAGAUCAGUUGGAUUGAAAGUGUUUGAAGACUAUGCAACAACUUGGCAUUGGAUUCUCAUUGGCCUGACUAUCGCGAUGGUGCUUAGCUGGAUAUUCUUGAUACUCAUGAGGUUUAUAGCUGGAUUCCUCUUCUGGUUCUUCAUGUUUGGUGUGCUUGGAAUUAUAGGAUAUGGAAUAUGGUACUGUUACCAGGAAUACAGAAAUCUUCAGGAACACCCAGGUUCUACAUUAACUAUAUAUGACAUCGGGAUCCAGACUAAUAUAAACAUGUACUUUCAUUUGAAGCAAACAUGGUUCAUAUUGAUGGUAUUACUAUGCAUCACCGAAGUGACUAUCACCCUCAUGCUGAUCUUCCUCAGGAAACAAAUCCGCGUUGCCAUCAUCUUGGUGAAGGAAGGGAGCAGAGCCAUUGGAUGCAUUCCUGGUACAUUACUUUAUCCAGUUCUAACCUUCAUUUUGCUCUCAAUCUGUAUUUCCUACUGGGCUGUGACUGCAGUUUUCUUGGCUACGUCGGGGAUACCUGUAUACAGAGUUGUAACCCCACAGGGGCAAUGUAUACAUGAAAAUAAAACCUGUGACCCAGAGACUUUUAAUACAACCGAUGUUCCGAAAGUUUGCCCUGGGGCUUUGUGUAACUUUGCUUUCUAUGGUGGAAAAAGUCUGUACCAUCAAUACAUCUCUACCUUCCAUGUGUACAAUCUAUUUGUCUUUCUCUGGCUUAUAAAUUUUGUCAUUGCAUUGGGUCAGUGUGCCCUUUCUGGUGCCUUUGCUACUUAUUACUGGACUGUGAAUAAACCUGAUGACAUCCCACCACAUCCACUUUUUACUGCAUUUGGACGAGCCAUACGAUAUCACACAGGAUCCCUAGCAUUUGGAUCUUUAAUUAUUGCAUUAAUUCAGUUGUUUAGAAUUGUCCUACAAUACAUGGAUAGGCAUCUUAAAAAUGCUCAGAAUAGCGUUUCAAGAUUCUUACAAUGCUGCCUAAAAUGCUGUUUCUGGUGUUUGGAAAAUGUGGUAAAAUUUUUAAACAAAAAUGCUUAUAUUAUGAUCGCAGUGUAUGGUGAAAACUUCUGCACAUCAGCAAGAGAUGCUUUCAAUUUGUUGAUGAGAAACAUUGUAAAAGUUGCAGUGACAGAUGAAGUUACAUUCUUUAUAUUAAUCCUGGGGAAAAUUCUAGUCUGUGGGAUAAUAGGUGUCCUGGCCUUCUUACUCUUCACAGAAAGAAUGCCAACAAUUGUGGAAGGGCCAACUUCCUUAAAUUACUACUGGGUACCUUUGCUGACUGUCAUUUUUGGAUCUUACCUAAUUGCACAUGGGUUCUUCAGCGUCUAUGCAAUGUGUAUUGAAACAAUUUUCAUCUGCUUCUGUGAAGAUCUGGAAAGAAAUGAUGGAUCUGCAGAAAAGCCCUACUUCAUAACCCCUAACCUGCAUGGCAUUCUGUUCAGGAAGCAACUAGUGCCCCAGAAGCAAAAAGUGUAGAAAAGCUCCUAGCAGUGCCACUCACUUUUAAGUUGAAAUUUUGUAAAUUAGGUCAAGUGUGACUUGAAGAUGUUGUUUCUGAGUGAUGUGAAAUUUCUGUGCUAUUUCUCAAAAGUCAGCACCUGACACCAUCUGAGUUGUCAGGCUUUUGAUGACAGUGGCCUCUGUGAAGUAGAAGACUUUUAUAGACUGGACCCAGCUGAAGAGCAAAGUAUUAAUGUCCAACCUUUUUAAAAAUCUUUAGCCGAAAGUGUUUCAAUAACUUUUUUAACUCAGCGUGCUGUUUCCAUUCAGCACUUUGAUAGCCUUUCUUUUUAUAACUGUAUAUUUGUAAAGGAUAUUCAGGCAAUUUUUGAAAGCACUAUAAAUGUGUAAUCAAUUAGCCAUAAAAAUAAUGACCUAUAGUUAACCAGCAUAUGGUACUACAUGUGUAAAUAUGGUGCUAUGGUUAUAUUUAUACUGUUCAAGCUGGUGGACAACUCUCUAAACUGUGAUUAAACUUGUAUUAAUGGUUCCCUAGGAAGUAUAUUUCAGUAAGUGAGUCAAGUUCAUAACAAACAUAUAGUUGUUAAUGUUACAUAGUUUCUACAGAGAGCAUUAUUGGGUUAAAAUGACUGUGAAACCUUUAUGGCCAUUCUUCUGUAGUGAAAUUAUAUUUGUAUUGAAGUUGAAUAUGAGUUCUGAAAUGUCAUUUCCAAUAAUAGAAACUGCUGGCUACCAUGAAAAUAUUCUGAACAAAACUGAAAAUGCCGCAUAACUCAUGCCUUUUGUCUCCAACUCAAAUUUCCUAUUCCCACCAAAUGGAAGACUAGUAUGGAUUUGUUUCAGAGUGACUUUUCUUUUCAUGAGCAUACCUGUACUGCUAGAUUAAAGAGAUUGCGUAGCUUUGUUCUACAAAAGGUUUCAUUUUAGCUCAACUUUCAGUGAGGAAAGAGCAAAGAUAAGUAAGACACUUUAGAUUUAAUCCUAAGGAAAAAUGUUGGCCCUUCACUAGGUACCUAACCUGGUACCUUUACAGGGAGUUUAUUUGGGAGGAAAGUUAUCACCACACCCUACCCCUGCUGACCAGAACAACAAGCUGGUUUCUGAGCCAUGCCUAAGUCUUGCAUGGUAGAGCGAACCAUGAAUCUGACAUACGAUACCUUGCCUAUCCAGCCCAUGUGUGUAAAUGCAUUUGAUAUUGCUAACUAUUGAAAAAAUGCACCCCAAAAAGAUCACUGAAUAAUUUAGCAUUCUUUGGCUUUUACACUAGGCUGGUAUAUAGCGUCAAUUGUGAAUUGACAGAAAGGAGUAUGCUGAUGUAAUAUGUUGAUCUGAAUAUAAUCCACACAUUCAAGAGUCAGAAAUGUAUUACUGUGUUACAAAUUAAUAUAAGUACUAACUUAUUUAAUUAUCCUGACAUGUAAGAACCCUGAUUUAGACUGAUUCAUGGCAGCUAAAAGCAAAAAGCCAAUGAAGAGGGAAGAUUGUCAGAAUAUUGGUCCUAUAAUGACUGCCAACUUAUUUUUGGACUACUUUCUUGAGAUUAUUAUUGUCAAAAGUGUACUAUGGCUUCACAUUUUGGCAAAAUGCCUUUUUCAUCCUCAUUCUCCUCAAAGCAAGGAAGAGUGAUCACUUAUUUUCUAGAUUUUAAUACUAUUAUUAUUAUUAUUCAACAAUUAGGUGACACAGCAAGGACCUGGUAGAAUAGUGACCUCUGCCAGAGAGCUUGUUACAAAUACAGACGCCCUACUCAAAAGACUCUGAUGUUGUGUUUGGAUGUUCGCCACCCUGUGAAUUAUUUUAAAGUUUCUAGUUGAUUCUGAUGCACAUAUAAGUUGGAAAAUCACUUGAAUAAAAUGUAAAUCAACAUGUGAAAAAUUAGUUGCAAAUUUAACCAAAUUCUGGGCUUAUACCUAGACAGAAAAAUAUUUCCCAUUUAUUAUUUCUUUAUGUAACUGAAGUGUAUGGAGUAAAAAUUUGUGAAGUCUUUGAGAAGAAAUUUAGAUCCAUUUUCUUACAAAGCAAUUAAACUCAAAACUGUGAAAAAAAA